AUGCCUCCGCCCGUGCAGCUCGCGACGAUGAAAAUCCGCCCCCCGACCGUCGGGCACAACGGGUACCAGGGCUUCCACCCCCGGACCGAAAUCCUGCCCAAGGGCUGGAACGGCUUCAGCGCGCGGGCCCUGAGCGAAGACCUCGUGGUGCAACACGACGUGGGCAUCCGCGUCCGCGACGGCUGCACCCUCUACUGCGACAUCUACCGCCCGGUGCGCGACGCCGGCGACCAAGUCCCCGCCAUCGUCGCCUGGAGCCCGUUCGGCAAGAAGCACAACGGGAUCAGCAUGAUGCAGAAGGUCCGCUGGGGCUGCGGCGUGCCCGCGGGGUGUCUCAGCGGACUGGAGCGGUUCGAAGGGCCCGAUCCGGCCGAGUACUGUCCGCGCGGGUUCGCGGUGGUGAACGUGGACUCGCGCGGCGCCGGGGAUUCGGAGGGGUCGAUGGUGAUCAUGGGGGCCCAGGAAGGCGAGGACGGACACGACGUGAUCGAGGCGCUGGCGAAGAUGCCCUGGUGUAACGGCCGCGUCGGGUUGGCGGGGAACUCCCACCUGGGCAUCGUGCAGUGGUUUAUCGCGGCCACGCGGCCCCCGUCCCUCAAGGCGAUCGCGCCCUGGGAGGCGUGCGCCGACCUGUACCGCGAGCAGUUCGUGCGCGGCGGCGCCUGGGACAACGGCCUCUUCGACCUGAUCACCCGCGAGUCCAUCCGCGGCCACCACGGGCUCGAGGACUUCCGGGAGAUGUACCGUCGCUCGCCGACCAUGAACCCCUACUGGGCCGACAAACGCGCCGAGAUCAGCAAGAUCCGCAUCCCCACCUACGUGGUGGCCUCGUACUCGAGCUUCGUGCACACGAUGGGCUCCGUGCGCGGCUGGACGGAGGUCGACUCGCCGCACAAGUGGCUGCGCUGGGACCCCUACCAGGAGUGGUACGAUCUGUGGGCGGUGCAGGAGUCGCGCGACGAGCUGGCCGCGUUUUUCACCCGGUAUCUGAAAGACGAGGAGAACGGGUGGGAGGAGACGCCCCGGGUGCGCAUGAGCGCGCUGCGGUUUGGGAAUAAGGAGCCGGUGUAUCCCAUCGUCGAGGAGGACUUUCCAUUGCCGCGGACCGAGUACAAAGAGCUCUUCCUCGGUUCGGGGGGGCGUUUGGCGAUCUCGCCGACGCAGGAGGAGAGCGUGGUGGUUUACAACGCGGAGAAGAGCGGAGCGGGUCCGGUCGAUUAUGUCGGGUUUGUGCAUACUUUUGCUGAGAAGACGCGUCUGAUGGGGCUGCCCAAAGCCGUGCUCUACAUGUCCUGCGAUGAUCUCGACGACAUGGUCGUGUACGUGCUGAUCCGCAAACUGGACAAGCACGGCCGCGAGAUGAUCAACGUCAACAUUCCGCUCUCCGCCGCGCCCUAUCCCACCGUGGAGGCGAUCCCCCGUGACGAGUACAGCAACCUGACCAUCUACUACGGCCCCACGGGGGUUCUUCGCGCCUCGCACCGCGCCAUCGAUCGCACGCGCUCGCUGCACCCCCAGUACCCGUUCCACCCACACAGUGAAGUGGACAAGAUUACUCCGGGGACGGUCGUCGAGCUGGAGAUCGGGCUGUGGGCGAUGGGCGUUGACUACGAGGCCGGGGAGUCACUGCGCGUGCAGGUCUCCGGGGAGAAUCCGUUGAUCCAGGAGGGCAAGUACGCCAAGGCGGAGGUGGAGGUGCGCAAUCGCGGACAGCAUCAGGUCCACUUUGGGGGGAGGUAUCCCAGUCGUGUGAUUCUUCCGUUUGUGUAG